AAUUACGGAUCCAGUCAGUGUUUGUAUGUGCGUGCGUGUGUGCUAAGCGUACCAGUUCUGCAGUGCAGUUGUCAUAUUCGUUCAUAGACAGCAUGGCGGUCGAGAGAAAGCUAUCGCCACGGUGUGCUUUGGACGCUAAAGGUUGUGUCAAAUUGUCAUCCAUUUUGCAGUCGUUCAAUGCAUCUAUUAGCGAAGAACAAGCAUGGGCCAUCUGCUAUCAGACUUCGAAAUGCAUGCGAAAGGAAUGGGAAAAGGAUACUAGAAAAUGCUAUUGCCUCUACGAUACGGAGGAGAUUCAGAUCCAUAAAGAUGGAUACAUUCAUCCGGCCACUAUCAGAGAAAUUAAUACAGGGCUCAGAUCAUUGGCUGAUAACGAAUAUCAGCUCGUUUCGUCCUUGGGUCUGGCAAUUUUUAAAGCAUUAGAUUACGGCUUAUCGGAAAACGAAGAAAGAAGUCUUAGCAAUCAAUUAGAGAGUUUAAUCGACGUGAUGACGUCAGCGGAUCAAGAUGACGAAGGUACGACGUCAGAUGAUGACGCUGAAUCUCAAAAUGGUGACGAAGGUAUCGAGAGAGAUGCGGAGGAAGAUGAAACGAACGACGAUUCCGAUUCUAAACAGUCGCAGGGCGUGACUUUAAUUAAAGUAAUGGAGAUAUGUGCCAAUCGUUUAGCGUGUCCUGGUCAGGCGGACGGCCAUUACAAAGCAGUGUGUCGAGCUCUGGUAGCCGAAGUGUUAGAAUUAUCUACAUUUCUAGAAAAAAUUUCAGCAGGUACUAAAGAACUGAGACAGCACGCUUUGGUUGAAACUGAUGGAGAAUCAAAUUUAGAUAACUUGAAAUUUCAAGAUUGGGCGGGUCUAUGGAUGCAAGUAAUCAGAGAAUUGCGCCAAGGUGUAAAAUUAAGAAAAGUGGAGAGAGAUCUUAAUCCUCAGCCUAUCGAAUUCGAAUUGACUCCUUACGAAAUGUUAUUAGAUGACAUACGUUCUCGUAGAUAUAAACUAAAUAAAAUUAUGGUCAAUGGUGAUAUACCUCCGAGAGUGAAGAAAGAUGCCCAUGCCUUGAUUUUAGAGUUUAUUCGAUCUCGACCACCGUUGGUUCCCGUAUCAAAAAGAAAAUUAGCUCCCGCUCCACCGAAACAGCCUACUCUAUACGAGAAACUAAUGGCUUCCAUCCGUCAACAGCAUACGCUCCGUCCUACCGGAAACAGGGAGGAAACAGUGGAAACGUCUAGAACAAAAUUAAAUGAUAACGACAUUACGCCUCAGCCUCGAAGACGUUUAAUUAAGGCUGAUUUAUCUCUCUCCUUAACACCGAGUUUUGAUGACGACGACGACGAUCCCGAUUUUCCUGUAACGCCUACAACCGAGAAAACUGCAACUACACAUCAAACAGAUAAUGUAACAACCAUUAAACCACCAAGCACAUUAUGGCAACAAAGUCACAGAUUAGAAAGAAGACAUAGCAUAUCGGUUUGUGAGUCGCCUACAAAACCUCAGCAACUAGCAUUAAUUUCAGGAAAAUUCAUUUGUAAAAGUCCACAACUUCAAAUAUCUUCGAUACCAAACAACUUUUCAGUUUGGAGUGCAUCUCAUUGGGAAAAAUCCAUCCAGUCACUUUCUUUAACUUUGGAAGAAGUGAUUCACAUAAGAAAUGUAUUAACGAAAGCAGAACUAGAAACGUUAAUGUUAAACAUGGGAAACACAUUAUACCAGGAAUUAGAAAAGGGAAAAGUAUGUUUUACGUGUAAAAAAACAAGAUUUUCAUUUUUUGGUCCUUGGGGAGUUAAAUGCAAGAUGUGUCAAAGAAUUGUCUGUGACAAAUGUUCUACUAAGAUGCGUAUUCCUACGGAUCAUUUUGCCAACAUCCCUGUAUAUAUGCUCAGCCCAACCCCCAGUCCAGUGACAGAAUUACCAGACACUAAUGCAACUGGAUAUUCUUUAAAAAAAUUAUCAGAAUCGUUUCAGCUUCCCAGUUUGUGGACAAGUAAAAGGAGCCAACAUAUUGUAACAAAAUCUAAUCAACUGGAGGGAAAUAAACUUCAUCAGUCAAUCUCCAGUCAUGCAAUUCAUGAAGCAACUGGAACUUGGCCAGCAGCAAGACGCUUUCCUUUUAAUAGAUCACGGACGAUUCAGGAAGCCGAAACGACCGUAGAAACUCCCAAGGGACCACUAACCACCGUAUGUCGAGAAUGCAAAGGAAUGGUGUGCCAUGUCAUUCUUACCAGCAGAAAAAAUGUCACUGUAUCAGAGAAACGAAAUAGGUGGUCUGAAAAAAGGGCUCUUACAGCUUGUGUUCCUUCUUGCAUGUCACCUCUGCUAGAAAGUCCACCUAAAACUCCUCAAGAGUUGACUCACUCUUAGCUAUCUUUAUUGAAAUUUCUCUUUCUAUCAAUUGCUAAAUUUAAUUUAUUUGCACCGAUACACAUUUGAUAAAAGUAUCAUAGUAAGAUAAGCAUAGUAAACAAAUUAAAAGUGAAAGUAACAUAUUCAAAUUUUGCAUAAUCGAAAUUUAUAUACUAUUUCUUUUCUAUCCCACUGAUUGAUAACUGGAAAAAAAAAUUGUAAAUAAUAUUUCCAUAAAAGAAACAUUUUACAGCAGUUAAUAACAAUGUAAAAUGCUACUAGUCAGCUGAAAAUUCUUUUGAAAAGUUUUUGUACAACUCAUUAAAAUUUUUUGUAGAAGCUGAAUUUUAAUUAUUUUUCCAUCAUAAUUGUUAUAUGUAUUUUUUAAAGAAUAAUUUAUAGUCUUUGUAUCAAUACUUCCCUGUUCUGAUCUCAGUUCUAGUCAACACAUUGAAGAAAUAUUCUCAGGUUACAGAAUUAAAAUAUUGAAAAAUAAUUACUUCAGAAAUACUGUGUAUGUAUUAUUUUGAUUGAGGGAAGUUGUCUAUCUCUGUUAUUGUUUAUUCUGAUGAAAAGGCUAUAAAAAAAAAUCAAUGUAUGAUAAAAUGUAAAUAAGAGUUUUUCAUUUUCUUGUACAUAAUCUGCAUGUGAAUUUAAAAAAAAAAAUGU